CUCACCACCAUCACCAGUCGGAGCGGGCUGUCUGCCGAACAUCACAACGGUUCGUGUGGUAUCUAGGUAGGUAACUAUGGGGUGCACUGCCCUCGAGCAAACAGUCCUAAUCCAGCAACGUCCUACUUGGAAACGGCGUCCUUUCCGUCCAACCGGCACCUCCAACUCGGAGUUCUGGGGUAAGCGUGGAGGGAGGGAAAACUUUCCCUCUCGGAACACACAUCUCCAGGUAGAUAACGUUCAACGAGUGAAAGCGCGUUUAGUGUACAUUAUGGGGGCCAGGAGAGACCCGGCAUUCCGGCCACUCAUGAAGGGUAAGAAAAAAGGAGACCAGAAGCAGGUACACGACAGUGGAUUUGGGAGGCUGAUGGCGGCAAAGGGAAACCAGGGCAGAUCUGGCCCAAACAAGCGCUUCCUGCACCUGGUGAGCUUGCCCAAUAUGGGAACAAUAGUCGAAGAGGUGGACGAAUAUAGCAAACCAGGUGGCAAUACCACCUCUUGCUGCGAUGUUGGUUAUGAUGAAUCCUCCUCACCUCUAUUUUUGGUCUUGACCUGGCAGCCCACCUCGCAUUAUCAUCAUCGCACCAUCAUUAGGGUCCUAGAGACCAGGCAUAUCGGGAACGGCACAAAGGUGAGAAGGCGGAGUUCCAUUACUCUAUCAAACGUUGCAUGUCAUAUGGGUGGAGGGGAGAUUGCCGGAGGAUGGUUGCACGUGGUGUUGGCGCGGGUGCGCACCAAUGAGGAGACGGCUGCUGCAGCAUUCGAGAUUCUAUUUUUACAUCCAACUGGGUCACUCAUGUCGGUCGGCCCUUUGGCGUGA